UGUUAAUUUUAAUGAGUUAUACUGAAUAUAAAAUUGACCCACUUUACAAAUUUUCAUUUGCAUAGGUUUUAUAAAUGUAUCAUUCAUUGAGCAAUCCCUCAUUCUUGAAAUUGUCCUCAGCUCCUGUGACCUGACUUCGGUUUCCUUCUUUAAAUCUCUUCUUCUUUGUCCUAUUUGCAGUAUCCUCCUCCUCUGCCCACAUCUUGAUGCUGGGCUUCUCCUGGGUUCCAUCUCGGACCCCAUUUUCCAUGGAUGAUCUCACCCACUCCCUCCCCCCAUUUAUAUGCCAGUAAUUCUCAAAUUGUUAGGUAAGCUCAGAUCUUUCCUGAACAGCCAACUGGUUUGUCUACCUCCUAACUGAUCUAUUUCCCCCUUAUGCAAUAAAUUCCCUUAGAGGGAAAUGCAUCUUAGUGUAAAAAAUUGACAAAAUAUUAGUAAUUGCAGCUAUGUUCCUUAUUCUUUCUACUUUUGUAUAUGUUUGAAAUUUUUCAUCAUAAAAAAUUAAAAUGAGAGGGCAGGUUAAUGAAAAAGGAGAAAACAGGAAUAAGAAAAAAAAAAAAAAAAAAAGGUCUUACGAUCCUGGGAAUGCUUGUUUACAGAACCAAAGGGCUAUCUGUAAAAGUCCUUGACUCUGGCAAUCAAUCCUGGCAGCAAAUCUGGGUUUAUCUCAUGCACACGUCCUCUGUUUCUCUGCAACCCAUAUGAAACACUCAGAGAGUUUCUCAGGGACAGGAAAUUGCAGGGUUUUGUUUUUUCUGUUAAGAACACUAACUCUUAACUGCAAUGAGGCAGUUCCUCAGUCCUAGAACCAUCAAUUGCUGCCAUCAAAUUGCAACGUAAUAAGCUAAAAAUGGUCAAGUUGCCUAUGUUCUGCUAGCAUUAGUGAUAAAGUGGCUAACUAUAAAUUCAGAUCACAGGAAAACCCAUGGUAGCACAUGGUAAACUCUGUACUUGGGGGAACCACUUUUACCUUCAUCACUGUCAAAAACAAGAGACAGCAUGGCACUUGGCCCCUAGUAGCCUCUCAUGUUUAAUUGAACUGAAACCCUUAGAGGAAAGGGGCCACAAUAAUUAGAAUGCCACUUAGCAUAGGAAAAAAUUAUGAUAAGAGAUUAGGAAGACAAAUUUAUAAAUUACUUCCUAAAACAAUAAAUAUUCCUUCCCCAGUCACUAGAAAUUUGAUUAGGACAAGAAACAUAGAUGAGAGAAAGGAUAAGAAUGAUAGAAGCCCAAAGCAUCAGGUCAAUUAAGAUUGGGAGGGAGAAAAAAAAAAAAAAAAAAGAUUGGGAGGGAGAAAUUUUGAUUUCAUUCAUAUCCUUCUUUAAUAAAGUACUUAAAAAACGUUUGGGGCACCUGGCUGGCUCAGUUGAUAGAGCAUGCGACUCUUGAUCUCAGGGUCAUGAGUUCAAGCUCCAUGUUGGGCAUGUCCUACUUUUAAAAAAAUGGUAAAAUAAUAACAAUAAAAACAAAACCUUCCCCCCUACCACUUCUUUUUGUCCUUCCCUUUCUCAUUGUCUUCAUUAACAGUGCUUGCUAAUUCUUAGGUGUCCACACACUAUGGAAUGUCAGGGAGCUGGCAUUCUGUUGCCUGGGGGUAUGUAAUACACAGAUCCUUUCUUUCAUUUUGCCUCUUUGGCCUAAAAAUGAAAUUCUAGUAAAUAUCACUUUUUAGUGUUGUUAAUUUAAUGAGUUGUUCCUAAUUUGAAGCCCCUACCUGUAUCUUGGUGUGAGGAUUAGUAAAAUAAGUAACCCUAAGCCAUUUUAAAUUGGGGUAAGAAAGGCACUAUGAAAACAUGAGGUAUUGCUGCUCGAAUUGGUAAAAACACAACUAAACUUGGUUUCUUUAGAACAUUUUGAGACCAAGGACCAUAAUACAACACACUUAAGAGCUUACUUCAGGACAAUAUCUUCCCCAUUCCACACCUUUCCUUACUACUUUUUUGUGUGCUACUGUAAACUCCUUCACCGUCUGACCAAGACAUUUCCUAAUGACCAGCUACAUCAAUCUGGCUUUAUCCCAUUCUCAUUCCGUAAGCAAUGGUAGGGCUGCAACAUCAUGAAAUUAAUUCCUAGAAGUCACAAAACAAGAUUUUGACAAGAGGGGAUGUCCUUCAUUUAGAGUUUCCUUCUGGAUAAGAUACUGGGGGCCUUGUUGCAGGGAAUUCUUGAGAGAAAACAAAAGGAGGAUGAGGGAUUGUGAUGGGUCCCCUCCCCCAAAGAAAAAUAUCAAUAACCCUGUUGACAGUGUAAAACAGUGUUUCUAUCUGGGGUCAGGGCCAGAGCAAGGGAUACCGUAUCCCACUCAUCCUCUUCCUCUGAUAAAGCCCCAGCCAGUACAGUAAAGUCUUCUUUCAGAAGAGCCGAGCUGCCUUUUUUAAAAAAGUGCUUGAAAAAGAAAGGGACAAAGGACAACUGGAAUUAAGAGGAUUUCCAAUCUGUUCUGGUGGCUGGUCCAGAAGGAUGCUUCAGUCCCUGCUUCUCACCUGCCUCUUCAUCACAAUGAUACCUGCAUCACCAGUGGCCCUAGAUCCUUGCUCUGCUUACAUCAGUUUGAAUGAGCCAUGGAGGAACACUGACCAUCAGUUCGAUGAGUCUCAAGGAUUCCCUCUUUGUGACAACCAUGUGGAUGGGGAGUGGUACCGCUUCACGGGCAUGGCAGGGGAUGCCAUGCCCACCUUUUGCAUACCAGAAAACCACUGUGGAACCCAUGCCCCUGUCUGGCUCAAUGGCAGCCACCCUCUAGAAGGUGAUGGCAUCGUGCAACGCCAGGCCUGUGCCAGCUUCAACGGGAACUGCUGUCUCUGGAACACCACGGUGGAGGUCAAGGCUUGCCUGGGAGGCUACUAUGUGUACCGUCUGACCAAGCCCAGUGUCUGCUUUCAUGUCUACUGUGGUCAUUUUUAUGACAUCUGCGACGAGGACUGCCAUGGCACCUGCGUGGAUGCCAGCGAGUGCACAUGCUCUCCAGGGACAGUGCUAGGCCCCGACAUGCAGACAUGCUUCGAUGAAAAUGAAUGUGAGCAAAACAAUGGUGGCUGCAGUGAGAUCUGUGUAAACCUGAAAAAUUCAUAUCGCUGUGAGUGUGGGGUUGGCCGUGUGCUAAGAAGUGAUGGCAAGACAUGUGAAGAUGUUGAAGGAUGUCACAGUAACAACGGGGGCUGCAGCCAUCUUUGCCUCGUGUCCGGGAAGGGCUACCAGUGUGAAUGUCCCCGGGGCUUGGUGCUGUCUGAGGAUAACCAUACAUGCCAAGUCCCUGUGUUGUGCAAGUCGAAUACCAUUGAAGUGAGCAUCCCCAGGGACCUGGUUGGCGGUCUGGAGCUCUUCCUGACCAACACCUCCUGCAGAGGAGUGUCCAAUGGCACCCACGUCAACAUCCUCUUCUCCCUCAAGACGUGUGGCACGGUGGUUGAUGUGGUAAAUGACAAGAUUGUGGCAAGCAACCUUGUGACAGGCCUACCCAAGCAGACCCCAGGAAGCAGCGGGGACAUCAUCAUCCGAACCAGCAAAGUGCUGAUCCCAGUGACCUGCGAGUUUCCACGCCUGUACACCAUUUCAGAAGGGUACGUUCCCCACCUUCGAAAUACACCCCUGGAAAUCAUGAGCCGCAGCCAUGGAAUCUUCCCAUUCACUCUGGAGAUCUUCAAGGACAAUGAGUUUGAAGAGCCCUACCGGGAAGCUUUGCCCACCCUCAAGCUUCGAGAUUCCCUCUACUUUGGCAUUGAGCCUGUGGUGCACGUGAAUGGCUUAGAAAGCCUGGUAGAGAGCUGCUUUGCCACCCCCACCUCCAAGAUCGACGAGAUCCUGAAGUACUACCUCAUCCAGGAUGGUUGUGUUUCAGAUGACUCCGUGAAGCAGUACACAGCCCGGGACCACCUAGCAAAGCACUUCCAGGUCCCAGUCUUCAAGUUUGUGGGCAAAGACCACAAGGAAGUGUUUCUGCACUGCCAAGUCCUUGUCUGUGGACGGCUGGAUGAACGUUCCCGCUGUGCCCAGGGUUGCCACCGGCGAGUGCGUCGUGAGGCAGUGGAAGGAGAGGAUACAGCUGGUUCCCAGAGCCAGAUGCUGACGGGUGGCCCGAUCAGGAUCGACUGGGAGGACUAGGACAGCCCCACACCUGACUCCUGGCUCUGGGUUGCCCUCCUCUUUAGAACUUCUCCCCACUGAGAACAUCAGUCAAUACCCUAGAACACGGCAUUCUUUAAACCUCAUACUGUGGGGUUAGACCGACUUCCAGAACGGACUCAUUCUGAUUCGGGCCCCUGGACUGGGAAAAGUCACUUCACUGCUGACUGACCUGACCCACAUGGGGCUUCAUCCUCCUGACAUUGAAAGCUGCGCUGUCCCUUCCGAAAGCAGCUCACUCCAUUUCGCACGUUUCCUCCCUACAAUAAAACACCCAGUGUAGGAUACAGUAGGACCACUACAACCACAAGUUGGGCAUGAUACUCCAAACUUCAGACUUAAAAUAAAUUAAAUAGUUGCUUGAAAUUAUGACUUAAAUACCCAAUAACUCCUUAAAUAUGUAAAUAAUAAUCAUGCCCUGAAAUUUCAAUUCAAGCACAGAAUAUUUACAGGGGAUUAGGAAGUUUAUCGAUGUAAGUGUGUACUAAAAGUUACUAUUUGAUUUUCCUCUUGCAUGAUGUUUGCUUUUUUGAAGUUUUUAUACCAUCUUAAGUGAAAUAUUUUCAAUUAAAUUUAUUAACAUGCAGGGCACCUGGGUGGUGCAGUGGGUUAAGCAUCCGACUCUCAGUUUUAGCUCAGGUUCUGAUCUCAGAUUGAGCCCCAUGUUGGGCCCCAUUCGAUGUGGAGUCUGCCUGAGAUUCUCUCUCCCUCUGCCCUCCUCUCCCCUCCAAAAUAAAUAAAUAAAUCUUUAAAAAGUUUAUUAACAUGGGUGCCUGGGUGGCUCAGUUUCUAAGCAUCUGCCUUUUGCUUGGGUCAUGAUCCCAGGGCUCUAUGUUCGGGCCCCGCAUCAGGCUCCCUGCUCGGUGGGAAGCCUGCUUCUCCCUCUCCCACUCCCCUUGCUGUGUUCCUUCUCUCACUGUGUCUCUCUGUCUAAUAAACAAACAAAAAAAAUCUUUUAAAAAAAUUUAUUAACUUGCAUGUAAGAGGUCCAACGACUGAACUGUAAAAAAAAUUAAAGUUUGAUACCAUAUGCCCUGUUAUUUGGCAUUGUAUGCCCCGAGAAUAAAUAGUCCAUUUUGUAAAAUUAUACCAUACUCCAUUUUGUAGGUAGAUGCUCAAUAAAUUUUAUUGAAAUAAAUAUUAUAAACCACAGGAAUAAAUUUUAUAUGCAAUUUUGUAUUUAAAAUGUUAUAUGCAACUAAAUCCAAUUUCUUAAUAUGCCAAUUAAUUUUAUGGCUUUACAUAAGAUCAAGAGACAGUUUUUUUUUUCUUGUUCUCUUUAGAAAUGGUUAUCAUCAACAAUUCUUAAUGGAACCAGUAAAAUCAACAAAAGGAAGAGAAAAGACAGAAUGACCUAGGUCAACAAUUGGCCAACUUUUUAUGUCAAGGGCCAAAUGGUAAACAUUUUAGGCUUUCUGGCCAGUCUGUCACAACUAUUUUAUCUCUGAGGUUGUAGCACAGGAGUGGCCGUAAACAAAUGAAAACAAAGUUGUGGUCCAAUAAAACCUCACAGAAGCAGAAGCCUCCUUUGGCCCAUGAGCUUCACUUGCCAAUCCCUGACCUUAGUGGACCUCACCUUCCCAGUGCAUCAGAAUCAGGUGGGGAGCAUUUAUAAAAUGCCAAUAGGUAGAUAACAGGCCCAGAGAUUCUUUGUUUCUUACUGCUCCUCUGGUGAUUCUAAUUUGCAAUCAGGAUUGAGAACCAUAGUUUAGGGAUUGACUGUUUGUAACCCCUCAGAUUUCAGGGAAUUCUAGCUAUUUUCAGUGGCAAUUUUUAACACAUACUUCUCAGAUUUUAACAUGAUACUAACACCACUUAGGAAUUGGGAAUAUCAACAGGAAUAGUUUAUUGAAGAAAAAAAAAUGGAACCUCAGAGACCUAACCUAUCUGACCUCCAUCUUCAUUGGCCUUAUCCAGGUAAGUCUCUGACCUUGCCCUCCUGUUCUCAUCUCUCCAACACUAGUGGGAAAAAUGGUUAUCAAUGGUGGAACUUACCAGGAUGGGUUCUGUUCUCCUCUAAGUGAAACAGAAGCAGAGUGGUGAGAAUGGAAGUCAUUCAUCUCUUUUCUAAAAGUACUAUUUAUUAAAUGUGAGAUGCUUACUGGCAACUGAAAGAUGGACCAGAGGAAAGUCCUUACCUCCCAAAUGGGUGGACUCUCCAAUAUUUCACUUGUGAAUAUAAAAACCAAGUCCAGGAAUCCCAGUAUUUUAGUCUUUAUUUUAGUCUUUAAACUAAGAACUGAAUUGCCAGGAAAAUGUGUCUCAGUUGGAGAAACCAUUGUUAAAAUGAAGAGUAGUCUUCAAAUCACUCCAUGGCUUUUUUCCAAUUCUCCUCAAGGGAUGGGACUCACUUCUCAGCAGUAGAAUAAGGCUUUCCUUCUCUUGCUUUGUGAUAUCCAAACUUUUGGAAGCAAGGAUGAGACACAUCUGCCACACUAUCAUCUCAGAGACUGAGAGCCGUGGUGUCACUCAAAACCAGGAAGGGAUCACCUCUUUCUCAUAACUCUACUUUCUCCUCUUCUGCACAGAUACAGGCUGCCCGUUGGCUAUUCAUAAAGGGUCGGCAGCCCAGGGUCCAUACGGUAUUGAACACAGUAUCAGCCAGAGAAUCACAGGCUACUUGAAAAAGAUGAAGAGAAAUAAAAGGUUAACAUACAAGACUACCCCAAGUAGUUUGAGUAAUUUUAAGAAGCAAUGUAAUUCCAAGGAUGACAUGAUACCUGGGGGAAAGUAAAUGCAGUAAUCCAAAUACAGAAUUAAAAAGAAAAACAUACAUGAAAGAGAAGCUUUUUCAUAAGCUUCUAUUCAAUCUAGUAAAGCAGAAUAUACUUUGGGAUACCCUUCUUUUAUGGGCCUCCAGGUCAAAAUUAUGCUUAGCAAUCAGAAGCUCCCAUACCACUAUGCUCACUCCAUGGAAACCCUAUCAUUUUUGCAGAAUACUCCCUAAAUAACUCUACCGUGUUCCCAAUAACUUUCUGUUCAAGUGUGGGAUGAGUAACAAUUCACUCCUUGGAAAAACAUGUAUGUUGGUCAAUAAUUCUCUUAGGCAUCAGGAACACAAAGACCAAAGAGAUCCCAAUCCAAGUACUCACAGUUUGAACAAAGAAGACAGGAUGGAUAGGUAAACAAAUGGUUACACUACACCAUUAUGGAAGUGACAUCAGGUUGUAUGGGAACCCAGAGAAAGAGUCUCUCUCUCUUGGGGUAAGAGUUAUUAGGGAAGGCAUCUCAGAACACCUUCCAUUAGAAUUUUGAUAGGAAUUAUAGUGAAUCUGUAGAUUGUUUUGGGUAGUAUGCACAUUGUAAGAAUAUUAAUUCUUUUAAUCCAUGAUCACUGAAUAUCUUUCCAUUUAUUUCUGUCAUUCUCAGUUCUCCCAUCAGUGUCUUAUAGUUUUCAAUGCACAGGUCUUUCACCUCCUUGGUUAAAUUUAUUCCUGGGUAUUUUAUGCAUUUGAUGCAAUUGUAAAUGAAAAAAUUUUAAAUAUCUCUAUCUGAUAAUUCAUUAUUAGUGUAUAGAAACAAAACUGAUUUUGUAUAUUAAUCUUGUAUCCUGCAACUUUACUGAAUUUAUUAAUUCUAACAAUUUUUUGGUGGAGUCUUUAGGGUUUUGCAUAUAUGAUAUUAUGUCAUCUGCAAAUAGUGAUAAUGUUACAUCUUCCAUUUCAAUUUGAAUGUCUUUUAUUUCUUCUUUUUGUCUAAUUGCUCUGGCUAGAAUAUUUCUAAUACUAUGUUAAAUAAAAGUGGUGAAAGUGAGCUUUCUUGUCUUAUUCCUAAUCUUAGAGGGAAAGCUUUCAGCUUCUCUCCAUUAAGCAUGAUGUUAACUGUGGGCUUGUCAUGUGUGACCUUUAUUAUGUUGAGAUAUAUUCCCCCUAUACCUAUUGUGUUGAGAGUUUUCAUCACAAAUGUAUAUUGAAUUUCAUUAAAAUGCUUUUUCUGCAUCUAUUGAAAUGACUGUAUGAUAUUUAUCCUUCAUUUUGUUAAUGUGUUGCUUCGCAUUGUCUGGUUUGCUCAUGUUGAAACAUCCUUGCAUCCCUUGAAUAAAUCCCACUUUAUUAUGA